UUCAAGUGAAAUUAGAGGCAGAGAUCACAUUCUGAUUGCAUUUGUGCAAAGCAGAAUGCCCAUAUUUUAUUUCUGUCAACCAAACCUGUGAAGAGGCAGCAGAGUGAACGUAUAUAUUUACCUACGAAGAAGUAUCUAUUUGGAAUAAUGCCAGAAUCACCCAGGAUGCUUUGCUGCCUUUUUAUGACUGGUUGUGCAAUGAUGCUCACUCCCAAUGGUGCACUGAAAUUCCUGAAUACCUCUGGCCUGGUGAUCAGCAAAGAAGAGGCCAGAAUUUCAAACCAUUUGGUCUGUGAGAUGUCUGGAGAUUCCAUUGCAGCAACUGGUGAAAAAUUUCUAAAACAAUUAAGUCAGUGCCAGCACCUGACUCCAGAUCAAAUUAAAGCAAUUCAACAAAUCUUCAGCAAUGGAAAUACUUCAUUUGG